AUGGGCGUGCAGCAUCAACCGCGCGUGACAGUGGAGCUUCAGGGCGACCGGAGCCUCGUGAUCCGCUGGAAGAAUCUCAUGAACGACACCGAUGCCAGAGUGAAGUUUGAGUACUACGACCCGGCGGGCCCGAUGGUAAACCCGCGGGCUAGAGCAUCAGAGCCAUGCAGUGGCUCGGCCAUGCACUUGUCAGAGCCUGUCGGUCCUGAGGCUUGCACUCUCAGAGUCUUCUUGGAAAUUGAUGGCAAGGUCGUUGCACAGACCCAGACCACCUGGGACCACCAGUUCCCAAGCAAGGAGAAGUGCAACAGUGAUCUGCAUGCCCGCGCCGAGAUUCUCUAUGAGCAGCUUCGGUCACAGGACCAGGCUCCCAGAUCCAAGCGAAUCUUGGUCGUCGGAGCCCAGCACCACGGCAAGUCCAGCUUCAUAAAUCAUGUCUAUCGCUGCUUGAUGAAGGAUGUGGAUGCCAACGACCAGAUGGAGUCGGCUCCUGCUGGCGUGGCCGAGAAUACCCAAGCCAUCCUUGAAUGCAAGGUCGCAGGGCUGUCUUUCCUCGACACGCCAGCCAUCCCCAACAUGAGCAGUGAGAUGGCGAAAGCUUUCGAGGCUCUGUUGAAGAGGAAGGUGGCUGAUGGUACUCGACGCGCAGGCAUGGAGCAGCGUCAGUCGUGGUUCUUCGAUGGAUAUCCUCCCGCUGCCGCCAUCGUGGUCAUGUCGCUUUGCCACUGGCGCGACCAGCCAGACGAAAUGCAGCGCUACUUGGCCGAAAUGUCGAACAAGUUGAAGCAUGCAUCCGAUGGACGUGUGGUUUUCCCCUUCGUUGUGGCCGCCACGCAUCGUGACGAGUUCCUGCGCGACUGCACGGCCGAGAACCCAUACGAGGACUUGAAGAAGGUUGUGGAGAGCAUGAAGAAGGCAGCCAAUUGCAGCCAUGUUUUUGCCUUUGCGAGCUACCAGCGGGCCAGCAGGGGCAGCAAGUUCAUGAACGAGCAGACAUUCCAGCUUUUGUCGCAGCUUCUUACGUAUGCCGCCCAUCAAGACACCGGAGCCCACCCUGUUCCGCAUGCCAUCGGCAUUGCAGCUGCUUGCCAAGGGCCCCCUGCUCUGCGGAUAGGUCUCUGCAGCAAUGGCAUUGCACGUAUAGCCGUGGAGCUGCAGGUCGCAGUGCAGCAGUCCUGCCGUGGCUCGGCCAUGGAACUGCAGUCCGUUCCGGACCAAGACCCACGCCCCACUCGAGUAUUCAAGAUGCAGACCGGAAUCGUGUGCAACAGCAGACCCGAGAGCCAAGUGACAUUCGUUUCUGAGGUGGCCUUGACACAUCAUGUCCUCCAAAGGUGGAUGCUGUCCUGUCGAGUGUUGCUCAGUUCCCAGCCAGCUAGGAGCCAAGCCGCUCUCAAAGGUGUUGCUAAACAACUUCCUUGUUGGACUGGGGCGGAUGUUGGAGACGUGCGUUUGUUCCAGUUCUCUGAGAAUGCUGCUCUGGACUUGCAGACGCUCAAGCAUGAGUUGGGUCAGUGCGGCGCCGUCGAAGUUUGGGUAGUGGUGUUGACAACAGGAUCUUCGAGUUAUUUGUGGUUUGAUCAAGAACAUCACCCGCACAAUGUGGAGCUCUGCCGAUGCUUACGAGAUGAUCUGCAGCUCGAGCUGAACUUCGCUGUGUGCCCUACUUCCGAGAAAGCGAAAGACGAUUGGCCGGAUGCAGGUACGCUGCAACUGACGGACCGCCAUCAGAAAGUGUUCCACCAGUUUUGGCCAGCCGGGCAGGGCAGUGUGAAGGUGUGGCACGGGUUCUCCUCGCAAGAAACACUUCCCAAAGCCAGCAUCGUCAGCUUGAUCUACAACCCGGGUGUUCCCGCAGUCGCACCAACUUACCCAUCCAAGCGGACAUUGUCAUGCAGGGCAGUCUUUACCGUUGCAGCUGUGUGCCUGAAUUUGGUUUUGGCGGGCUGUCUAUAUGGUCUACAUGAACGCGAGGUGUUGACAAGAGAAAGCCUUGAGAGGCUCUCAAAGAAUCUGCAAGAAGAGCGUACGGAGUCAAUUCGUCUCAUCACUGAGCUGGAGAAGGAGACUGCUGCACAUAAUCAGGCAGCGGCGAAUCUAAAGACAGAGCAGGCCAAGACGCAACGCCUGUCACAGGAACUAGACGCUUCACAGUCUCGUGGUGAUCGCCUCUCAAAGCAGCUCGCCGAGGUCAAGGCUGAGAAAGGAGAGUUGGGCAAACAGGUUGAGCUGCUGACGGCUGCAAGCAAACGUGAUGCAGAUGCCAAGAUCGAAGCAGAUGGUCGUGUGUUGCAACACGAGACCCAGAUGAAGCAGCUUUCGGAGCAGCUCGACAAAGAAAAAGCCGACAACGCCCGUCUCGCGAAGGAGCUGGAUUCCGAAACCUCUGCACGCAAGCGCACUCAACAGCAACUACAGCUGCAAACGGACUCCUGUAGAGAAGUUGCACGAAAGCUGAAGGAGAGCCAGAGCGAAAAUGCACGCUUGGCCAAGAAGUUGGCCGCCGCGCAAGGCUUGUGGCAAGAGUACCAGCCAAGGAGCAAAGCAGCUCUAGCAGGUGUUGCUAGAGCGCUUCCUGAUUGGACCGGGGCUGACCUUGCAGACGUACGUCUCUUCCAGUUCUCCGAGAGUGCUGAUCUGGACCUGCGAAAGCUCAAUCGCGUACUGGCCCAGAGUGACGGGCUUGUAAUUUGGGUGGUGCUUCUGGUGACAGGGGAGGCCAGCUAUCUCUGGUUCGAUCCCUCCCAUCACCCCCGAAAUGUAGAGCUCUGCCGAUUCUUAUUGAAUGAGCUGCAGCUGGAGCUGAACUUUGUCGUGUGUCCCACAGAUGCAACAGCCAAAGCCUUUUGGCCAGUGGGCCCGCUUCAGCCGACCGAUUUCCUUCGAGAAGUAUUCCGCAGCUUUUGGCCCCGCGAGCUGAACAGGGUAAAGGUAUGGCUCAAGUUUGACUCGAACGAAACUCUUGCGGAGGCAGAUGUCGUGACUUUGAGUCGCAACGCCUGUGUAUCAUCAGUGACACCUGACCACUCAGAGAAGGGGAACCGGAAGGUUGUUGGCUUCCUUGCUGUUUGCCUCGGCUUCGCGCUGGCGGGAUUGCUGGUCCUGGUUUGGCUGCUGAACAUCGAAAGCAACAAGAAUGCGAAGCUCGCCGGGCAGCUGGAAGAGGAGAUGUUUGCACGUGAGAACGCGCAGAAAGAGGUGCAGAAACUUCAGGCUUCAGAGCAUCACCUUGCGAUGCAGCUGCAAGGCCAGACAUCCGAGGGUCAACGUCUCGCCGCCAAGCUGGCGGCUUGCGAGGCGGUGGAGAACAGCACGGCUUCCCACUGGUUGGUUGACAAGUUCUUCGGAUUGUUUCGCCAGAGGUUUCAGAGUUAUCGUCUUUCAGACGAUUGUUGCAAGGGAGACUCGUUGAAGAGGAAAAAAGACCUGGAUGUAUGCGGACGCCGUCGCAUCUCUGCAGAGUUCGGCCCAGAGGUUCCCCGAAGGUGUCCUGUUCAGCUCCGGUUCGCAGCCAUGGCCGCAAAGCAUCAGCCGAGCGUGGCGGUGGAGCUGCGCGAAGACCGGAGCCUGGUGAUAACCUGGAAAGAUGUCCAGCCUGAUGCCAUGGUGAAGCUGGAGUACUAUGACCCUGCAACCCCGAUGCUGGAGCCCGAGCAUACGAGCACUCAUCGUUGCAGUGGUCCCGGCUUGCACUUGGAGCCUGUGAGGCCAGAGGCUUGCACUCUCAAAGUAGCCUUAGAAAUUGAUGCCGAAGUUGUUGCAAAGACCCAGACCACUUGGGAUCACCAGUUCCCCGACAUGAUGGAUUGUGUUUUGGACCUGGAGAAGCGCGCUGAGAAGUUAUCCAAGCAGAUCCGCGAUGCUCGCGAAUUCCUCAGAUCUACUCGCAUCUUGGUUGUUGGAGGCCAGCACCACGGCAAGUCCAGCUUCAUCAAUCACAUGUACCGCUGCUUGACGAAGGACCUGGAUGCCAACGACCAGAUGGAGUCGGCUCCUGCUGGCGCGGCCGAGAAUACCCAAGCCAUCCUUGAAUGCAAGGUCGCGGAGCUGUCUUUCCUCGACACACCAGCCUUCGCCAACAUGGGCACCGACAUGGCGAGAGUCUUCGAGUCCGUGCUGAAAAGGCAGGUGGCUGAUGGAACUCGACGCGCAGGCAUGGAGCAGCGUCAGUCGUGGUUCUUCGAUGGAUUUCCUCCCGCUGCCGCCAUCGUGGUCAUGUCGCUUUGCCACUGGCGCGACCAGCCAGACGAAAUGCAGCGUUACUUGGCCGAAAUGUCGAACAAGUUGAAGCAUGCAUCAGAUGGGCAGGUGGUUUUCCCCUUCGUUGUGGCCGCCACGCAUCGUGACGAGUUCCUGCGCGACUGCAAGGCCGAGAAGCCACAUGAGGAGUUGAAGGCAGUUCUGCAGAACAUGAGGAAGUCAUCCAACUGCAACCAUGUCUUCGCAAUUGCGAACUACCAGGCGGGCAGCAAGGGCAGCGCCGUCAUGAACGAGCAGACAUUCAAGCUGUUGUCGCAGCUUUUCGUGCAUGCUGCUUAUCAAGACACCGGCAAGGCAGUGGCAGCACAAAAUGACGCUGCUGUAUUCCAGCUUCUUGGGUCCAUCAUUGUUGCCUUCAUUGUCUUCCUCCUUGCGCUAGCAAUAAAAGGGGCAAAGUGA